AUGCGAAGCUCAGCGAGGACGCUCACAGCGACGGUUUGGCUGCUGCUGUCCGUGACCCUCCAGGUGCGGAGCUCCGCGGCCGAGGCCGGUGCACCUCGUAGUUCCGUCAUGCAAACGGACAAUUGGGCGCUGUACAAACUCUCAACGGAUUGUUUUACUCUUACAUCACCCGGUUUCCGGUCCCUGUCACAGGCAAAUGCGCAGCUGGCCAACUGCAGUGCCCCAAGGCCGGGGGCGACAGCCGCACCUGGUAUGUUUCCAGGUCACCUGACCAGGGUUCCUUGGGCAGGCCUCAUCGCUGAAUGGGAUCACCCUUACUCAUUACCAAGGAGUCUGCCGCCCUCAACCUCGCUCUUUCGCGCCGCAGGCUGUCUGUGUGGGCAGGAUGUUCAGCAGUCUUGCGGUGAUGGCCUGGUCUGUUCCCAGCCAACCUCAGUGGCCCUGGCCAGCGACGCCGAGGCUGGCAGCGUCCCCUUCCUCUGCAUCCCCUGCGUCUUCGGCCAGUACUGCCCGGAGGGCACAGCCCUGCCGGCCUUCCGUGACCCCGGCUUCCAGACGGCGAUGAAGGGGCUGGAGUGCCGCUCCGGCUUCUACUGCCCCUCCCCCCUGGCCCAGCUGCCCUGCCCCCAGGGCGCAUUCUGCGGCCCCGGCUCGGUGGCGCCCACCACCUGCGCCAUGGACGAGCUGCUGCGAACCAGCCCCAACAUGGAGCUGCCGCAGCGCCCAACCACCGUGUACAGCUCGGUGUACGUGGACGGCGACACGCUGGGCGGCAACUACUGCCCCGCCAACUCAUCCACGCCCUCCACGCAGUGCGCGGGCGGGACGUACUGCCCCAGCCCGGGCCUGGCGCUGCCCUGCCCGAAGGGCUCCUUCUGCAAGCCUGGGUCCAAGGACCCCAGCCCCUGCCCCUUCCUCACCUCCUGCCCCCCGGGCUCCUCCAAGGCAGCGCUGUCCUGGACCGGAUUUAUCCUGUUGGCCGGCAUCCUGCUGGGCCUGCUGGCCGCGUACUGCACCGCCGAGGCGCUGAUGCGCAUGGCGCAGCGUCGCCAGCUGCACACGCAGGAGGCGCGGGACAGGCUGUGGAAGCUCCUCAACCCGCUGGGGGAGGGUUCCUUCAGGGCUUUCAACUCCAUCCGCCCGCGGCUGCACAUCGAGUUCCGAAACCUCGGCCUGGAGCUCCACGACGGCCGCACCAUCCUCUCAGGGGUCACCGGCAGGUUUGAGCACUCCAAGGUCUCUGCGGUGAUGGGCCCCAGUGGCGCGGGGAAGACCACCUUCCUGUCGGUCCUCAUGGGACAGUCCUCCUCCCACGGGAAGACAAUGGGCUCGCUGCGCAUCAAUGGCCGGUCGGUGGGCAUUCCCGACCUGCAGAGCGUGGUUGGCUUUGUGCCGCAGGAGGAUUUGGUGCACGAAGAUCUCACAGUGCGUGAGAACCUGGUGUACUCCGCGCGCCUGCGCCUGUCCACCAGCAAGCCCCGCCAGGAGCAGAUGGACAUCGUGGACGACGUGCUGGAUGUGCUGCAGCUGCGCCACGUCCAACACCAAAUCGUGGGCAGCGUGGAGCGGCGAGGCAUCAGGCGAGCGGUUGUGAGGAAGCGUGUGUCCAUCGGCCUGGAGCUGGCCGCCAAGCCCUCCAUCCUGUUCAUGGAUGAGCCGACCAGCGGCCUGGACGCCACCGCCGCAGCCGACAUCCUGCAGCGCAUGGCGGGCCUGGGCAUGAACGUCAUCGCCGUGCUGCACCAGCCCCGCUUCUCCAUCUUCGCGCUCUUCGACGACAUCAUGCUGCUGGGCAAGGGCGGGCGCCUGGUGUAUCUGGGCCCCUCCUGGCUGGCCAUGCCCUACUUCGAAUCGCUGGACUUUGAGCUGCCGCUGCAUGAGAACCCCGCCGACUUUGUCAUGGACGUGAUCAGCGGCAGCGUGCCCCAGCGCGGCUGCGACGCCUUCCACCCCGAGCGGCUGGUGGGGCUGUGGCAGACCUACGGCCUCAGCUGGGUGCGCACCCAGAGCAAGCUCAUGCCGCUGGACCCCACCUACGGCUCGCGCCCGCCGGAGCAGCUGCGCAUCGACCCCGAGCAGUUUGCGCUGCUGAGCGAGCAGUUCGAUGCGGCGGACGCCGACGGCGACGACGCGCUGCGCGCCGGAGACCUGCAGGUCCUGCUGCGCGCGCUGGGGCUGGAGCCCAGCACACUGGACAUCCAGAUGAUCAUGGCGGAGCUGGCCAUCCCGCGCACCGGCCUGGUCAGCAAGGAGGCCUUCAUGCAGUACGGGGAGGAGGAGGGCGGCGGCGACCCGCUGGUCCACUCGCGCUCCUCCACCGCCACGCACGACGCGCCGGUGGCCAUCCGCUUCGACCGCCCGGGCGCUGGGUACGGCGAGGGCGUGGAGGAGCAGGGCCUGCGAGCGGCCUGGGAGGCGGUCGUGCGCGGCCGGGGCGAGGACGACAAGGGCGCCAGCGGGUCGGUCACCCCCGACCUCAAGCUCAGCUGCUGCGAGGAGCUGGGCGGCGCCAACGGCGGCGCGUCGGGGCGCGCCACGCCCGACGCGGUGCGCUCCCACACGCCGUCGGCCUCGGGGACGGACGCGCGCGGCGGCAGCGCGGGGUCGCUGGCCACGCUGGACGAGGCGCGCGGGCGGCGCGCACCGUGCGGCGGCCUGAUGCGCUGCUGGCGGCGGCCGGGGCGCUCCGUGCUGCGUGUCACGCCGGGCUGGGGCAGGCAAUACGCCUUCCUGCUCGUCCGCGCCGGGAUCAAGCUGUCCCGCGCCUGGGGCACCAAAUUCCUGGACCUUCUGCUCCUCGUCUUCGCGGGCAUCGUCACCGGCGCCAUGCACGGCACGGGUUGGACCAACUGGGACUUCAAGGGGCACAUCGCACUGAUCAUGCUGACCCUGGGCAUCAUCGCCGCCUCGGGCGCGCUGGCCGUGUUCGGGAAGGAGCGCCUGGUGCACUGGCGCGAGCGCGAGUCGGGGGUCAGGGUCUUCUCCUACUUCAUGGCCAACAGCACCACCAACAUGGUGGACGUGUUCAUACAGCCCCUGGUCUUCCUGUCCGUGUACUACAGCAUGACAAUCCCCAGCAUCAGUUUUGGGCUGCUGUAUGUCAUCGGCGUGCUGGUGGUGUUCUGGUGCGCGUCCCUGGGCUGCCUCAUGUCCAUCAUCAUGGGGAACAACAGCGCCCUGGUUGCCUCGGUCGCCAUCCUGAUGGUCAUCGGGGGGUUCAUCAACGGGGUCAAUCCCGUGUACCGAAGCCUCUCCCCAUUGCUGAAAGGCAUCACCGUCCUCAGCUACAACAGGUGGGCCGCUGACGCGGCGGCCAUCUGGGACUUCAGGGAGCAGCCGCCCUGGCAGUGGCCCCUCACCCGGUCCAUCAUGUUUGCCUCUGGACAGUGCGGCCUGGACAGCAUCGAGGAGCCCACCGCCGGGUCAGGCCUCGUCCCAGAGGCGCUGCUGAACAUGUCGCUGGACAUCAAUGUGUACUGCGCCGGCGAGGCCCGAAAGGGGCUGCUGAUUCUGGGUGCCCAGGGCCUCAUCCUGCGCAUGCUGGCGUUCUUUGCCCUGCUCUGGUGCCCUCGCGGCAUAUCGUUCGACCCCCUGAUCCGAUGGGUCAGCAGGGGAGUGACGCGAGUGACGAAGCCUCUGCGGAGGCACACCAAAACAACAUCCACGCACCCUGUGCAAUUGUAG